AUGCUCUUCUCUACAGUUUUAUCGACUUAUUUUGCAGCGGGUGUGUUGGCCACGUCCCCUCAAAUUCGUACCCUGGGGCAACUUGCCAACGGCACAUGGCUGGAAAAUAUUCUUGUGCGCCCAAACGGAGCAAUUCUAGCCACACAGCUUCUUUCCCAGUCCAACAUUUGGACUGUAAAGAGACCAGAGUCGCGUCAUACGUGUCUCAAACUCGUCACUUCUUUGCCUGGCAGCAACGCCGCGGUGGGCAUUACACAAGUCAACGAUAUCGGUGGCCUCGAGACCUACGUGGUUUUUGGCGGUAAUUUCACCGACGGCGAAAGCCCACACGCUGGAGAAUAUCAGGCAUUCACUCUGCAGUUCUUGGAUAAGCAUUCCGACAAGUUCAAACUCAAAAAGAUUGCUGCCCUAGGCCCCUCCAGCGUCUCAGCAAAUGGCAUCAUAAGCUCCCAAGAAUAUCCCGGCGUGGUUUUCGUUGCCGACAGUUUUACCGGCCUCAUCGGUAGACUUGACGUCUCCACUGGCCAUUUCCAACAAGGCGUAUGGGCAUAUGAGGAAUUGAAAGCACCGCCAGGAUUCAGGACUGGUGUCAAUGGCGUCAAAAUUUUCGAGUCACAUCUCUAUUGGACAAACAGCGACUUGAUUGCCGUCUACAAGGUCCCCCUCACGAAAUCAGGAUGGGCUGUCCCCAAUGCAGUUCCUCAACUAGUUGCCAAUCUGUCGAGUGUUGCUACCAUCGUGGAUGACUUUGUCAUUGAUCGUCAAGGAAAUAUCUAUUCUGCCACCAAUUUGGACAACACCGUCAUUUUCUCCGACGUAAAGACCAGGGAGAGCAAAAUUGUGGCAGGGGGUUUGAAGGACUUUAUACUGCAAGGUGUAGGUGCUCUGGCUAUCGGAAGAGAGAGUCGAGGAGAAAUCGUCCUGUACGGUGCAACAUCAGGGGGACUGGAGCGCCCGAUAGAUGGUGUAACCGAGGGAGCAAAGGUCUCGUCAAUUGUUCUUAAGACAAGGAAAUAG